AUGGUCCUCAAGCUGUACGGCGCUGACUUAUCUACCACCACCCCGAUGGUGGCCCUCGUGCUGCACGAGCUCAACGUACCCUUUGAGUACCAUCCAGUCGAUAUGAUGAAGGGCGAGCAUAAGGCGCCCGAAUAUGUGGAGAAGCAGCCAUUCGGCUGCGUCCCCUACAUCGACGACGAUGGCUUCGUCAUGUUCGAGAGCCGUGCCAUCUGCCGCUACCUUUGCCGUAAAUACGCCGAUCGCGGCGGGCGGGAGCUCUUCCCAUUCGACGACUUGGUGGCCUUCGCACGCGUUGAGCAGGGCAUGUCAAUCGAGACGACUGUUUUUGACCGAGCUGUGAUAGCCAUGUUUGUGGAGAGGGUGUACAAACCAAUGAAGGGGUUGCAGGGCAGCGAAGAAGCCUACAAAGAGGCGGAGGCGCUGUUCGGUCAGAAGCUCGAUGCGUAUGAGAAGAUCCUGGCCAAGCAGAAAUUCAUGGGUGGUGAUACGUUCACACUUGCGGAUCUUUUCCACAUUCCGUAUGCAACGCGUCUGAAGCCUCGGGUCAACUGCGACUUCAUGGAGUCGGGCAGGCCGAACGUGGCAAGGUGGUACAAGGAUAUUACGUCGCGACCAUCGUGGUUAGCAAACAAGGAUGGUGUGAAGGCGAUCUCUCCGUAA